AUGGUCUUCGCCUGGAAAGCCGCCGGUCUCACCUACAACCGCUACCUCGCCGUCGCCUCGCGCGUCGUGCGCCGCAGCCUGAAGGAGGACAAGAGAAUCCUCGCCGAGCGCCGCGGAGAGACGGAGCUCCGUUUUGCCAAGUGGGAGAACGCCAAGCAGGGCGAGCCCAAGCCUCUGUCCCAGGCUACUCCCGCCGCCCCUGCCACCUCCUCGUAA